AUGCUAUACUGGACUCGUGGGUUGAGCACAGUCGGUCGCGCGACAAGCUUAGGAGUCGGGUCCUCAGCUUUUGCGGACGGCGCCGCGAUUGAAGAAGGGGAAUUCGCGUCGGCGCGUGGAUUUCCAGACAAUCUCCAGAAGCUCGAAAGUCGUGUAGUUGGCGGCGCACACAAAGCAGAGAUACAACCUCCGCGCGUUGUGUGGAGUGGCGAUGGAGAUGUUCUCGCGGCAUAG